AUGUCUAAGGAGCAAAUUUUUCAAGACUCCCUUAUAGCUUUUCGGGACAAAUUAGCUGAAAUUAUUAGCAUUGACUUUGAGGAGUUGCAUGGACCAAAAUGAAUGAAUUGCAACGAAGUUUAUGAUGCACGUCCUAAAGGCUUUGAGAAAUCUAAAAUGAAUGACUUAAAGACUUGAGACUUGACUCAGCUGCUGACUCUUUUAUGGUCGAAAGCCAUGAAAUUCAAUGAAAACAAGUUCGGGAAAAAAUCUCAUAUAACUUUUAUAAAGGCCAUCAAAGCCUAUAGAAACGAAUGGGCGCACCAGCAGCCCUUAGACCUCUUUGAAAUUUAUAGAGCCAUUGAUUUAAUGAUUUUGGUUUUAGAGCUACUUGGCCACUGGUCUGAGGAAUUGAAAAAGAAUCGCAUCCUUUUGGCAAAAGAAAUAGCCAAGCUUGAUAGCCAAGCCGAAGAAGAAAAGAGUAAUGCUAAAGUGAAAGAAAAUAAAAAUAAAGGGAAAUUUGACGAAGAAAAGAAAAAUGAAAAAGAAAGCAGAUGAAAAUUAGAAGAGGAGAAAAAGAAAAGCAAGUCUGAUACCCUAGAAGGGAUUGAAGAAUCCAAAAAUCAGGAUUCUAUAAAAAUUACCCCAAAGGAGCCUAAACACCCUGAUGAUAUGGAUAUUGAGAUACCAAAUGUAACUGUGAGAAAAACUGAUAAAGAGGCAAAUGAAAAAGUCGCUAUAAACAUUGAGCAAGCUGAAAUAAUUGGGAAAAAAGAGCCUAAUAAAGAAGCAGCAGUAAAUGUGACACAAGUUCCAGAUCACUUAGCACAAACCACAUUAAAUUUUCCAAAGUUGCCAGCCCAAAAAGAAGAUAGCAAAAAAACGACAAAUCAAUUUGGAAAUCCUGCAUCUUUUAAGCUUCCUAAUGAUAGCAUUCAAUUCCCUGACUUCAGCAGUCCAUCAUCUGUAAAUCUCCCUAACGAUAGCUUACAAAUACCUACGAAAUCCAGAUAUAAUGAUUCUGGCCCUAAUGAUAAUAUUCAAGCCCAGCCUCUAAGGAAAUCUGAGGUGAAAUUAAAGAUUCCACCUCAAGAAAACAUAAAUAAGCCAAAUUUCUUCCCUUCUAAAAACGAGUAUGAUGCCCCAUUGCAGGCUGAAGAAAACCAAAUCGAUAGAAAUAAGCUACCAAAAUUUUAUACAUAUAAUGUCAACCAGGCAUUUAAAGCAGAGAAUUCUAGGCCUGACAUCUAUGCUGGAAGUAUUCAGGAGAAUCCAAUCGCUCCUCAGCCAUCAAAAUUUGAUAAUCCUCUGCCUAAUUUUUAUGCUGGAAACAAUCAGAUAAAUCCAAUAAAUCCUCAGCCGCCCAGAUUAGAUAACCCUCAGUCUAAUCUUUAUGCUGUAAACAAUCAGAUAAAUCCAAUAAAUCCUCAGCCCAGAUUAGAUAAUCCUCAGUCUAAUUUUUAUGCUGUAAAUAAACCGAUAAAUCCGAUAAAUCUCCAAAAAGGAGAUGAAAUUGUGAAUGUUAUCCCAAGACCAUUCUUACCAAAUAUGAAUUCUCAAGUUCCUGCUUUUAAUUCACAAGCUCAAGUCCUAAAUCAAUCACAGGUUCCAUUCAAUUCGUCUGUUCCAACAUAUCAAAAUCAAAGCCAAAAAGUGUCAAACUCAUCCUAUCAGCCAGUUUCUUAUGAAUUUCAUUCUCAAGCCCCUCAAAGGCCAAACCUUAACCCGCAGCCUUCAUUUAUACCUAUGGAAAAUUCGAAAAGCACAUAUCAAAAUCUUCCACCUCAGCCAGCUAGAUAUGAGCUUCCAUCACAAUCCCUACAAAUCCCAAGCUUUUACUCAAAGCCUCCUCCACUAACACCCUUAGAAAAUACAAAAAAUCCUUACUCAAACCCUUCUCAGAAUGUCUCUCAAUCCAUAAAUAUUGAUUCGUAUUUGCCUUGGUGCAUAAAUUGUACAAAUAUUAUCACUGAAGAAUUAUAUUUUGAACAUUCUUCCAAAUGCAAAAAGAAUAUUUGCUGGAACUGCAUAUCAAAAUUUGCUUCCAAAGUAAAGAAGCCACUUACUAUCUGCCCUAGCUGUAAGCAAUCACUUUCUCAGAGUGAAAUGGAUUAUUUAGACUACAUUGCAAGUCAAAAAAAUUAA